AUGUCGAAGAAGACUCUGUCCCCGUCCAGUGUUCUUCACGAUGAACUCAUCACCGAGAUCCUUUUGUUACUUCCUAUAAAAGCUCUUCUUCAAUUAAAGUGUGUAAGUCAUUCUUGGAACACUCUUAUUUCUGAUUCUGCUUUUGAGAAAUUUCAUCUCAAGAGAUCAACAACAUCACGGAAUACACACUUCACGCUAAUCACUCGGCACCUCAUACCUGUCGAGGAAGAAAGUUAUUGCCACGGUUAUUUUACUGUCAUUCCAUAUCCUAUAACUCAUUUAUUUGAUAAUCCCUCGUCUCCCUUUGUUGCUGAUUCUCAUUAUCUUUUAAACAAUGACGAUCACCCUCCCUUUAGUAUUGUUGGUUCCUGCAAUGGAUUGAUCUGUUUGCUUUAUCUUGAUUUCACUUACACCCAUGAGGAGUACUGGUUCCAAUUAUGGAACCCAACCACUAGAAAAAUAUCUCAAGAUCUGGGAUAUUCUCGUCAUUCAAAAUUAGGGUUUAUUUUCAAUUUCAGGUGUGAUGAUUCUACCGGCACUUUUAAAGUGGUUGCCUACCGCUUCAUUCCUGAAGGAUAUACAAGUGAGGUGAAAGUUUUUACUGUUGGAGAUAAUGUUUGGAGAAAAAUUGAAAUUUUCCCCAUUGUUCCUCUUGCUUUUCCGUUGUUUUCACAAUUUAUGGGUAAUAGGUCUGAUGGUGUGUUUUUAAAUAGCACUCUUAACUGGUUGGCUCUUCACAAGCACAUCCAGAAGGACCAAGAUGAUUAUGAUUACGCUUACAAUUGGGCUUGUCUUAUGAAGGAAAUUACUGUUGAGGACCUUGUUAUUGUUUCUCUUGAUCUGGCUACGGAGACAUAUAAUCGGUAUCUAUUGCCUCAGGGUUUUGAUGAGCUGCCGCCUGUAGAGCCAGCAAUUUGUGUGUUGGGAGAAUGUCUUUGUUUUUCUUAUUUUCACAAGGUAACUGGGAUUGUUAUAUGGAAGAUGAAGAAAUUUGGAGUUGAAGAGUCUUGGAUUCAAUUUAUUAAAGUUAGCUAUGACGUUCUUCAUUUGCACUAUGACUUUAGUUACGGUCAUCUUCAAUUAUUGCCUUUGUUUCUUUCUAAGGAUGGUGAUUCAUUGAUAUUGUGCAGCACUUGUAAUAAUGGGGAUGAUGGAAGAGCAAUUAUUUAUAAGUGGAAAGAUAAUAGCGUGCAGGAAAUAAGAGUAAAUGUGAUAGGAAGCUAUCCUACCAAGACUAAGAAAUUAGGGUUCAACAAUUAA